GUCACGUGGUGGAGGUGUGGCCGCGUGGUCGGUCUCCUAGCAACGCGGGAUGGCGGCGGGCGAGCAGCAGGGCCGCGAGUACCUGGAGCGCUACAAGAUCCCGGAGCUGCUGCACAACCUGAGCGCGCUGCUGCUCUACCACCGGCCCGAAAGACCAAGAGAGUUUUUGAUACAUGCACUGGAAAGAGUGAAGUUUGCAAAACUAACUGACGUGGAAUAUCCUUAUCUUGUGGAUGAAUCAAAUUUGGAUGCUAUGUUUGAAAUGCUGGACACUACAAGUCAAGGCUAUAUAACCUUAGUGCAGUACAAAGGAGCUCUUAAAAGCUUGGGGUUAAGUACUCAGGAUUUGCCUUAUGAAGAAGAUGCAACUAUCACACUGGAAAUAUUCAAGAAAGAAGUGAAGAAGUUGUUGCAGGAGAGCUGGGCAAUAUAUCAACCUUAAGCAGCUGUCUGAUAAAAAAUUCUCUAAAGUCUUCUCUUUGAGUGUGUUUUUAUUUUAAUUGCCUUUUGGCAAGUGAUAGUUUCACUUAUCCAAAAAUAAGUGAGUAGCAUCAGCAUAGUAUGUAAAAAGUUGAAUUAUAUGGUACUAGUUUAAAUAAUCAGAAGUUACUCAUUACACCUGAAGAAUAUCUUUUGAGGACUUCCUUUAGGGAAAAAAAUCAAAAACAUUAAAAAGAUGCUGUGUAUCAACAUCUUCCCUAGCAAGAAUGUGUUAGGGCCAUACAGUGAUAAAAAUGAUUUAAUCAGAGCAGCUCAAGGCAAUACUUUGACACUUGUACAGAAAUAGCUUUAUAUUUGAACCAACAAAAUGUGGUUCUAGUAUGCAACAAAUUGUGUCAGCCA